AUGCACGACGGACUCAUCUUGAGUGUGUUUUCAGCGUCGUCGUACUGUGGUUUCCAAGCCAACAAAGGCGCGUACGUGGUGCUCACGGACGAGCUCAAGCCAUACGUGGUCCAGUUUCACUCGCAGGCGCUGCAAAAAUUUACGUCGACACGCAACUGGCGGACCCAAGCGAACCGUUUUGAAGAGCGGACGCUGUGGAGUUUGAGGGAGCUCAUAGGAAAAAAGCACUCGCAGCUUGCAGCGCACUUUGCUACGCUCCCUCCCAAGGUGUCGCGGCUGCAGUGGAAGCAAGGUCUGGCUCAAAUCCUGGGCAUUCCGCUGCACUUUUUGCUGUAUUUGCCGCAGCUGGUGCCGCAGUCGGAGGACCGCACGCCCCUGGUGGAUCUUCCACGGUUUCUCCGCGCGAAUCGACUUGACUUGCCGACGGAUAAGGCAUGGAUGGACGCAACGAUGGCGUCGAUCUGGCACCAGAUGAACGAAAAGAACGUGACGAAAGCGUUCGAGUACUUUGACCGGAGCCGCAAGGGUCGCAUCUCGUACGACGACUUGAAGGCGACGUUGCGCGUGCUGGGCCUGAUGAAACCGGAAGGGACGCUGUCCGCGAGUCCGCCUCUCACUGGGCUUUUUGCCGAGGGGCCGCCCAGUCGAGAGCACGCGACGACCGCCUUGGUGACGGAACAAAUGGCGUUUGAACUCAUGCACCAGUGGGACCGCAAUCAAGACGGGAUCGUCGACAUGCAAGAGUUUGAGUUUGCCUUCUCCAAACAGAUCCACAAGCAGCCGUAG